CUCACUGUCAAAAUGGUCCACUGGACAGCCGAAGAGAAAGCUGCCUUGACCUCAUCAUGGUCAAAAGUCAACCUUGAGCAGGAUGGCCAGGAAGCCCUGACCAGGCUAUUUCUCGUGUACCCCUGGACCCAGAGGUAUUUCAGCAGCUUUGGAAACCUGGCCGCUGGUAACCCCAAGGUCCGCGCUCAUGGCAAGAAGGUGCUGGGAGCUGUUGACAGCGCCAUUCACAAUCUGGAUGAUGUGAAACAUGCCCUGGCUGGCCUGAGCAAACAACAUGCUACUGAGCUCCAUGUGGAUCCCGAGAACUUUAAGCGUCUUGCCGAAGUGCUGGUGAUUGUCUUGGCUGGCAAGCUGGGAGCCGCCUUCACUCCUCAAGUCCAGGCUGCCUGGGAGAAAUUCAGCAACGUUUUGGUGGCCGCUCUGAGCCAUGGAUAUUACUAA